UGAGAAUAGGCGAGGAGAGUCGAGGGCGCGACUGGCCAUCCGAACACACACUGUUGUUGUUUUGGUGUGGGAGUCUGGUCGGGCUGAUAGUGGCUCUGGCCCCAGUUAUUCCCAAGUUAUUACGGAACUCGGCGAUGGAUAUUAAAUGAAAGAUUUUCUGGACAAAAAUGGUGAAUGACUGUUUGUGUCAGGCUCUGCAAUGGAAAGCAGGUAGUGCAACAAAAUAUAUUUGUCGAGCUAGGAACUAAGUUCUGACCACUGUGAGAGCGGAAAAUAUAUACUGUACCAUAGUUUAUUUUUUAAAGAGUUUUAAAUCUCUGGAUGGUUUGCUUCAAAUAGCUGCUGAAGCAAGGCAGAACAGAUGAAUAUUUAUCAGAUAUCAUCAACUGCAUGAACGGCAUUUAAAUAUGAUAUCAAUGAAACACAGUUCAUCAUUUUUGGUAACAUGUUUGCCUCCAGCAUCGAGGAACUGCGAAGUGUAAAUUGGAAACUGGAGACAAAGUUUACAGUGGUAUAGCAUAACACACUCACACUCAUAUAAUUACACUUUCUCACAAGUGUGUAAUUUUGGGGAUUUUCUCUUUAUUAUUUUAUUAUUGUUUAUAUAUUGAGAACAGUUAUUGUUUAGUUCAUUGCAAAUAGAUUAUAAAAUUACAUUCUCUUAAGCUUUUUUUUUUUUGUCUUGAAGAAUAACUUGGUUGUCAUUUUUUAUUGGAGUCUUAAGUCACAAUUUAACUUUUUAACAGCCUGUGACACCCACACAGUUCUGAGAACAACAUUAUUAGGAACACUUGCAUUUACUAUAAUUACCAAGAAAAAAGAAAAUCCUCAUCAUCAUUAGGAGUUUUCGCUCACAUACACUGGCACUCGGUAUUACGCUGAACUGUCCGACAUCAUUUUGGGGUGAAGUAGAAAAUCAGCAGUGCUACUGCCAUCACCAUGACGCUUAGUGCAGAGUACCAAUGGGCGUACUCCAUCGUGGACUCGUCGCGGGUCUCCACCUUCCUUAUAUCCAUCCUCCUCAUCGUUUACGGCAGCUUCAGAUCCCUUAACCUGGAGCAGGAAGCGAGAGAAAGAGAAUCUGAAAAAGAAAGAAACAAACUUUUGGGUAUAGCUACACCAGCUUCCUCUAAUGAUAAUAGUAACUUUUUCUCUGCAGAUGUACAAACGCUGGACACAAUGCAAGCACUGUGCUUGCCGCUUGGGGCAUCUGUUUCACUCCUUAUAAUGUUCUUCUUCUUUGACUCCAUGCAGAUGCUCUUUGCUGUCUGCACCGCAAUUAUAGCUACGGUAGCACUUGCGUUCCUCCUGCUGCCCAUGUGUCAGUAUAUAAGCCGACCAUGUUCCGAUAACAAAAAAAUAUCAUUUGGCAUGUGUGGAAGGUUCACUGGGGCAGAGAUCAUGGCGUUCUGCCUUUCAGUGUCCAUCGUAUGCAUCUGGGUUAUGACUGGCCAUUGGCUGCUCAUGGAUGCAAUGGGUAUGGGCUUGUGUGUGGCAUUCAUUGCGUUUGUCCGUCUCCCAAGUCUAAAGGUGUCCACGCUGCUCUUGACUGGCCUUCUUGUGUACGAUGUCUUCUGGGUAUUUUUCUCAUCGUAUCUGUUUAAUGCCAAUGUUAUGGUUAAGGUAGCAACUCGGCCAGCAGACAACCCAGUGGGCGUAAUGGCUCGUAAGCUUCAUUUGGGCAACAUGGGACGAGAGGCUCCCAAACUCUCUCUCCCGGGCAAGUUGGUCUUCCCAUCCAUGCACAACAGUGGCCACUUCUCUAUGCUUGGCCUGGGAGAUAUUGUAAUGCCAGGCUUGUUGUUAUGUUUUGUUUUACGGUACGAUGCCUACAAGAAGGCUCAGCUGUUAUCUGCCGAGGCUGGAGUACCACCUCCUUCAAAUUUAAAUAAAAUAAGUUACUUCCAUUGUUCCUUAAUUGGAUACUUCUUGGGGCUAUUGACGGCAACCGUGUCGUCAGAGGUGUUCAAGGCGGCACAACCAGCACUGCUGUACUUGGUACCCUUUACGCUACUGCCUCUCCUCACCAUGGCAUACCUUAAGGGUGAUCUGCGAAGAAUGUGGAGCGAACCAUUCAUCAUUCAGACACAGAGCAAGAACUUGGAAGUGUGACUGAGGGUGAUGCUUAGAGUGUAGCCAUAAGUGUGGUUAGUGUUUAUUCUUAGUAUGAAAAUGUGUGACUCUUGGCAAAACAAGUUUCUGGAUUCUUGGCUGUGUACAUUGCCGUACACGUGAGAAGUGACAAGAAGAGUAUUAUAUGUUUACCUGAGUUACUCCACUUCUCUGUGAAGAGACAAUUCCAGACACCAAAUGUACAUAUAUAUAUAGAUUUAUUAUAUAUAUAUAUAUAUAUAUAUAUAUAUAUAUAUAUAUAUAUAUAUAUAUAUAUAUAUAUAUAUAUAUAUAUAUAUAUAUAUAUAUAUAUAUAUUAAUAUGACAGUAGUUUAGUGUUGAAAUAUUAUGAAAGAAAUUAAAAAUAAUGAUUCAUAAAAAACUAAACAGUACUUCCAUGCCUUUAAAACACAGUGAUGUGGUGUUUUUGUGUGUACAAUACUUUAAAAAAAAUAUCAGUGGCAUCAUGCAGUUGCAGUAGAACCUGGCCAUAGGCGGGUUUGCUAUUGUGUAAAUCGCGUAUUUUUUCUUCCUUAUUGCCCUAUUAAUUGUAGAAAAUAUAUUUUUUUCUUGUACCCAUUGUUGUGAGGUGGCAUAAAGUUGCUGGCAUGCCUUGGGUGACAGUGAGGACUCUAUCGCAAGCACUUCUUAUGCUUUCUGUAGGUCGUAGUUGCUUGCCUUAAGUGUAAGUGCACAAUUACAGUCAUGUAAGACUAGUUCCCAUCUGCUGUCAAUUGGUCAGACUUCAAUGCUGGUGCUGUAUGCCACCCAGUGGAAAGAAAUACUUCUCUUAUACAGUGCCAUUGUAUGGUCAGAUGCAUCACUGAUGCUAGAUGCCACUAAUUGGUCAGAAGCAUCACACUGAUGCUGGAUGCCUAAUUGGUCAGAAGCAUCAUAGUGAUAAUGCGUCAUCCAGUUUCAAAGUACUCUGCUGAUGUUGUAUAGCACCCAGUGGUUAGAAACUAUGUGCUGGUGGGGAGUUAUUUAAUUGUUAAAAUGUAACCCUUGUACUGUAUGUCAUCUAAUGGUCAUAGAAUCAUCAUUGUUAUCAUUAAUCAUCACUGUCUUGUUCAUAACUUCAAUAUUGAAACUGCCUUGUAGUAGUCAUUAUAACAAGGCUUGCAGCCCAGUAAUUAUAACUGCAGUGUUAGUUUUAGGUUUAUUUGUCACCUAGCAGUUACGUAUAACUGUAAGACCAUCUAGCAGUCAAGGUGUUUAUGUUAAUACCAUCAGCCCCAAUCUACCAUCAAUGGUUGAAGUUACAACCAAAAAAAAAAAAGAGUAGUAUCAGAACCUUAGUGUACAGUGCAUCCUAAUAUUGUAAAUAGCUGAUGUACAGAACAAGAGGACUAUUAAAGUAGCAUGUCAUUGUAUGACACUUGUGGCAGCUGAUUUUAAUCUCGUUUCCCAUUCACUCACUCAGGCUAAGUGUUGGUAUGUGAGAUUGCCUAUAUUGUGUUCUUCUUUUGUGCACUCUAUGGAAAGUCAAAUAUAAAAAUUAUUAUAAUAUUGAAUGGUUACUUGACAACAUUUAAUUUGUUUCUAUUUAUACUUGUUUACUCCUGUUCACUAUAUGAAGGACACAAAUAAUAUCAGUGUUAAAGUUCUGUGCGCAUAAUGAGGUGUGAAAUCACACAAAUAAAAUGGUUAACAAAAUAGAAAUAAAAUGGUUAACAAAAUAGGAAUAAAAUGGUUAACAAAAUAGAAAUAAAAUGGUUAACAAAUUAGAAAUAAAAUGGUUAACAAAAUAGAAAUAAAAUGGUUAACAAAAUAGUGGACACUGAGACUUGCAGCGUAUGACCUCUAGCCCUCAGUUGACCUGAGCACUUCCUUCUGUAGAGGUCAGAGUUGGCACUAAAUAAUGAUCAUAUCUAUUACUUCAUUAAAAUGUAUUUAGGUUUUGUUCACUAUUUUUGCCUCCAAUUAUCUUUGGUCUUGUUUUCCCCUAAAACGUAAGUAAACUGUGCUACAUUAUGAGAAUUUGUUAAAAAAAAAAAAGGAAUUCAUGGAAAGUGUGAACCCAUUUGAUAAAAAGUUCACCUUUGUUGUUGAAUCAGAAAAUAGAUAUAUUGCAUUUACUAGAAAUAAUAUGACUUUGGAAUUAUAUUUUGCACAUUUUGGUGCUUAAAACAAGUUUGGCUAAUUUCAGAAUUAGAAUGUAUGAUAAUUCGAAGUCCAUUUAUUGUGCAUGAUUAAAGCAGAGCACCAUACAACACAAAAUUAAAGAUAAUAAUUAAUAUGCAUAAAUAUUAGCUACUUUACUAAUUGCAGGUUUUCUGUCACAACUUGUCAGUAGAAAAUUGUUUGUGUGUCAUGAUACAUCAGUUGCCGAUUGACUAGCUGCCAUGGUGUGAACAUUGGGAAUGGGCCAGAUAUUGCAGUAUACAUCAUCAAGUCUAGCUAGUUACUGUAUAUUACACCGGUGGAUAAUAUGGUAACCAUCAGGAAACACGUCUUUAAAAUUAGUUGUCAUGAUAUAUCAGUUGAAAUAUGCUAACUUCUAUGACAGCCAAUGAAAAAUAGCUUGUUAUAAUAUGCUAGUUGAAUAUUUGAUAGAUGACAUGAUAUACAAGGUGAAAUAAGCUAGUUGUCUUACUAAACUUGGUAAUCAUUUAAUAGGUGUCAUGUAAUGGUAUAUAAUUAUCUAGCCAUCAUGAUAUUAAAGUUUAAAUUUAGCUAUCAUAAUGGUAGUUUUGGCACAGUUUCACUCCAUAACAACUUUAUAAGCAAUGACUUAAAAGUGAAGUCUGUAAUGUUCUAUUUUGAUGACACAGCCAGCAUGAUUCAGGUGCUAGAACACUCAUUUGUUUAAAGUUUAGUUACGUGUGUAUGUGGUAGUAAGAGUGAAACUCUGGUCAAGUGUUGGAUUCUAUCAAUAGAAACACGAGUUGAGAUUGCAAGGACUGAACAAAAUAAACUCAAUUUACCUCCCAAUCCUCACUUAGUGUGUCUUAGAAACCGCAAAUUAUGCUUAUUUGAAAGCAAUACGUAAAAUUGAAUGCAAAAAUUAAAAUUAGUAUUAUUAUUCGACCACUCUGGAGGAUGUUGUAGUGGGUUAUGUGAGGAUUGAUACGAUGGGAUGUUAGUUAAGGGUUUGCUUGUGUCAAGCACAAAAAUUUAAAUAUUGAUUCCACAUUCUUUUGGCAGAAUCAUUACAAAUUGUGCUAAUGUAAGGUUUAUGAAUUGGUGAUUAAUGCCAGCUUUUAAUAUUUUGUUGAUACUGUAUUUAUUAUACAACAUUAAACUAAAUUAAGGUACAGUAUUUGGAUGUUAAAAAAAAAUAUUAUAUAUAUAUAUAUAUAUAUAUAUAUAUAUAUAUAAUUUAUAUUUAUUUAUAUUUAUUUUCCAAUUAUUAGUUUGCUAAAUUGUGGUUUUAAUGCUGCCAAGGUAAAUUACAUUGUUUUUGUUAUAUUUUCUUAAGGACACUCAAAACAGUGUUUUCAUUGACUAGACUGAUAUGACAUUUCUUUGUAUUAAAAUAAUGUCAUUUUCACCCUGAAUCAUACUCAAAGAAAUUCUGAUUAUCUAACACCAGAAUAAUACGAAGUUGAUAA